UACUGAUAAUUUAAUUCCAUCUCUCAAAAGUUGUCGCAAUGAUAAAGGUAUUUGUGUAGAGGAUCGUAAAGAACCAAUACAGCUGACAAUUCAACGAUUAAUUGAUGCUUUACAUUCAGAAAAUAUCGAUGUGCCACAUAAUUUGUUGUAUCGUGAGAAAACUGGACACGAUGGUGCUGGUUCAAUGUCUAUUUACAGACCAUUACUGUUAAUUGCUGAAAAAGAAAAUCAUGAAUUACUUCAUUUUGUAAAUGAGCAAUUCGAGUAUCGAGAAAAAAGUUUAAAAGAAAUUGGAUUAACAUUUCAAUAUAAAAACGAAACAUAUAAUGUCAAAAUUGAAAUAGAAGCAAGCAUGAAGGACAUGAAAGUGGAUGAAUCAGGUUUAGGAGUUGCUGAAUGUUUAAUGUGCAGCACAAAACAAGAAGAUUGGAAAGAUACAAAAAAAAUUUCAGAUCCUGAUUUAUUCGAUAUUAAUCGAACAGCAAAAAAAGGCCCUUGA